AUGUAUAAACAAGCAUUAUUCUUUUUCAUUGUUGCUAUUGUAUUGUCAACAGCCCAUGCAGGUUUCACCUGUGCCAAGCCCUGUUAUGGAAAUAUGUGUUGUUCAAUCCCAUCAAAUAACCAAUAUUAUUUAACUGAUUUCUGUGGAUCUCAAUCUGCUUGUGGUCCAAUUCCCAGUUGCACUGCGGGACAAUACUUUACAGCUGACUCUCAAAGAUUUGGUUGUGGAAAAUAUUUGAAUGUCUGUAGAAACUCUAAUAAACAUUGUAUUAAAGCUCAAAUUAUUGAUGCUGGUCCUGCAAUGUGGGUAGAACAAGAUGCUGGUAUUGCCAUUAUCGAUGGAUCUCCUCAAUUAUGUAAGGAACUUUUUGGUGUAAAUUCAUGUGGUUGGAGUGAUCGUUUCAGUAUUUCUGCUCUUCUUACUUCAGCAGAUGAUACUAGACCAUUGGGUCCAUUUAAUGUUACUGAUCAUGAAUUUGAACAAAUGAUUAUUACUCAUAACAUCGCUUUGGAGCAGUGUGAAAACUCGAAACAAUGUUCUAAAUAA